AUGGAAACAGCAAGCUCGUCUCCAUCGUCUUCCUCCCUCGCUCUCUCUCAAACUCUCUCAAGCUCAGGGAAAACUCUCCCUCAUCGCUCUCUCAAUCUCGUUCGCACCUAUCUCUCAUUCUCACCAGAACCCUCUCAAACGCGCUCUCUCUAUCUCACCAAAAUCGUUCUCUCUCAACUCUCAAUAUCUCCCUCUCACUCACACGAUAUCUCCAUCAACAAGCAUAUGAAAAGGAUAAAAGGAAAAAAGGAGAAAUUCUUACAAAGUGUCACGACGGUGGUGAAAGGCGUGAAGAAGCUGGCCUCCAGGGUUUCAAAGGUGCCUUUGGUAAUCCAGAAGAGUAACUCUGCAAGGCACUUUUGGUGUUCAGAAACUGGAUUGACCCCUUUGAUGUAUGGAUUCGAGACAGUGAUUUUUUUUUAGAAAACUCUGUUGAUUUGGUUGAGGUUCAAUGGCUGAGUUACUUGGAAGUGAAGACACAAGGGAAAACACAACCAACAUGGUUGCUAGACGAUUAAUUUCAAAUUCUUCUGAGGAGUUGGAGCUAAUGCAUUA